AUGAUUACAUUGGCAAAGGACUUGGAGCAAUACUCUCCUCAACAAAGAGGAUGCUAUUUCACCCACGAAAGAAAAUUAGCCAUGUUUAAAUUCUACACGAAGAAUAAUUGUGAAAUUGAAUGUGCUAUAAUGUUUACCAUAAAUGAUUGCGGAUGUUCACCUAUGUUGUACCCGAGGCCGAACGAUUCUGUAAAGGUUUGUGUCGCAGACUGUUUAAACCCAAGGCUUCAUGACUGUGGAUGUCUGCCGGAAUGUAAUUCACUCCAGUACGAAUAUACGACAACGGAAAUUCCGUACUCAAAUAUAUUAAUUAGAAACCGUACAUUUCUGGGUGGGGUAGAAAUUUCAUUCAGGGACAACUCUAUCCAUACGAAUGCCCGAUACAGCAUCACAAGCACCAAAGAGUUUCUGGCCUACUCCCUCGGCGUGCUGGGGGCGUUUCUGGGGUUCAGCGUCACCUGCGUGUGGCAACUGGUGUAUCUGUUUGUCGCAAGACUUUGGCGACUUGCCAGAAACCCGAUAAAUAAGGCAAUGUUUUCAUUUAUACGUAGUUCAAUCUAA